AUGGCAUCUGACACAACAACACCGAUCGACUCGUUGCCGAACGAGAUUCUCUAUUCUAUCCUCUCCCCCCUCUCGACCCAGGACCUUAUCAAACUUGCCCCUGUCAACCGCCGCAUAUACACAACCGUCAUCCGUCUCGUCCAACAUCGCCUGGCAGCAGUUCUGGAUGGCAAGAGCUCGCAGGAGCUCAUUUUGGAGUGCUACCCACCCUCCGCAGCCCUGACCACUCCCUACCUCUUCUGCGACUUUGUCGAGACCAGCCGUCUGGAUGGCAGCGGUUCUACACUCCUAGACCCGGAAACGGAGCUCGACGGCAGCAGCAGCAGUGGCGCCCUGGGCGACCUGCGCAGCCUGUACUCGCGCUUCCGUCCCGUGGCCCAGGAUGAGAACCGCCGCCCGAGGCAUCGGUACCCGAGGCAAAGCAACAGCCUAGAGGAUGGGGAGGAGGAGGACGAUGACAUGGCUCCGGAAUCGCCUCCGUCUCUGGAUGUCCACCUCGACGAGGGAGAGCAGUUUUCCCAGCUGGUGACGGUCACCAACGUCGUCGAGAUGGGCUCCAGGCGGGGCCAGUUCCUGGGACACGCCAACGUCAGCGACGGGGUGCUCAGGGUGUGGAGGGCAUGGCUAGCCGCCGCCACCACCACCAAUUCUGCUGCCGGCGGUCAAGGUGAGCAUGGAGAGACGAUACUGUGGGCUGACGCCGAGAGGCACGUGGGUGUGAGGUUCAGGGUCUCGAGGAAGAACGCUUGGAGCCAGCCUUUGCUCCUUGGGGCGGAUGAGGAUCCGCCUGUCAGCUACAGGCUUGACUACGAAGAACUCGUGGUCAGGACCAGCCAGCUGCUUCUGACUAUGGAGAGGUCGGAAAGUCAGGUGGCUACAAGCUCAGGUUCUUCCAUUUACAUCGACCCGAGAGGCUCGGUUCCACAACCGGUGCAGGCUCUCUACUACCCAUUUUAUCCAAUGUUAGGAUUUGGGGAUGUGAUGGGGUUCGGCAAAGUGAUGGACGAUCUCAUCAAAGUGGCCUGA